AUGGGAAAUGUUGGCGUUCAGAUCGUCUGCGUGGCCCUCGGGGUCCUCGGCCUGAUUGGGACCAUCGUAUGCUGCGUUGUCCCUCGCUGGAAAGUGUCGUCUUUCACGGGAUCCAACAUUGUGACUGCGCAGAGCAGUCAGGAGGGCCUGUGGAUGCAGUGCGUGGUACAGAGUACCGGCCAGCAACAGUGCAAGAACUACGACUCCCUGCUGGUGUUGCCCUCUGACCUUCAGGCCGCCCGCGCCAUGACCAUCAUCAGCUGCAUGUUAAGCGUCCUCAGCGUCCUCAUCCUGUUCUGCGGCGCUGACUUCACCACCUGCAUAGAGAACGAAGACGCCAAGCCCAAGAUCAGCCUGGUAGCCGGGGUUGGCCUGCUGCUGGCCGGUCUCCUGGUGAUCAUCCCCGUCAGCUGGUCCGCCAACAUUGUUGUGCGAAACUUCAACGACCAGUUGAUUCCUGCUUCCCAGAAGAAGGAACUGGGAGCGUCUAUCUUUGUGGGUUGGGGAGCUGGCGUGCUGCUUCUUCUGGGAGGAGGUCUACUGUGCUGCUUCAGCAGGCCAAAGUCUGGAGGCUCAGGGGGAACCGCCAAGUACUACAGCAACAGUGCCACCGCCCCUAACAAAAACUACGUGUAG